GUCUAUCAAUGAAGUAGUAAGGAGGGGGGAGUCCGGGAGAGAGAGGAGGAAAAAAGACCGAGAAGCAUUCCCAAAACGUUGUUUUCUACUGGCAAGUAAAGUCAUCUGACAGUGCAGUAGCCUCCGCGCCUAUUUCAGCACCGAAAAGAAAAAAGAAACACAAUGAAGUUUAUUAUCGGAAUCGGGGGCGUGACCAACGGUGGGAAAACCACCUUGACGAAUAGGAUCGAGAAGAUAUUACCAAAUUGUUGCGUAAUACAUCAGGAUAACUUCUUCAAGCCCCAAGAUCAAAUAGAGGUCGGAGAUGACGGCUUUAGACAGUGGGAUGUGAUCACGGCUCUGGACAUGGAAGCCAUGGUGAACACUUUAAGGGGAUGGGUGGAGAACCCGGUGAAGUUUGCUCGCUCUCAUGGCGUGCCUCUGUCGCCCCUGGCUGAGGGGUCGGCUCCUGAGAGCCAGACCCACAUACUCAUUGUGGAGGGCUUUCUGCUCUACAAUUACAAGCCUCUAAUCGAGUUUUUCAGCAAAUGCUACUAUGUCACCAUUCCAUAUGAGGAGUGCAAAAGGAGAAGAAGUACAAGAACCUACACAGUACCCGAUCCUCCUGGUCUGUUUGAUGGCCAUGUGUGGCCCAUGUACUUGAAACACAGGAAAGAGAUGGAGAACAACUGCAGAGCUAUUCACUACCUGGAUGGCAUGAAAUCAAAGGAUGAGCUCUAUAACCAGGUUUAUGAGGACAUCCAGAACAGCAUGUUGAAUAGCUUAUAGUGGGUCCAAUCCACCUGAAGAUGCCUGUGUAUAGAACUGUAAAUAGUAACUGAAGUGAAGACGGCUUCUGCCAGUGAAUGAAUUUUGUAAAUAUCGUAACACAAAGAACUUAUUUUAAAACCAAUGUCAGAAGCCUGAUAUUUUAUAUUUCUCUGUAGCUUUUAUAUAUAUAUAUAAGCAUUAUUAAACUCAGGAAUAAACCUGGAAGGCUUUCCAGCAUGGACACUUACUGUCUUUUGGUCAACAUAUGUAACUGGGCUGAAUCACAAAUUGUGUCUUAGUGAAACACUUACAUCCUCAUUGAAAGACACUUUAAUCCA